AUGGACGUCGCCGCCGACGCCACGUCGCUGCCCGCGUCACCGCCAACGAUCGAGCGAGAGGUGGAGGAAGGCAAGAGGAUCAACGUUUCGAGUCCAGACGACGUCGAGACUCAACCAGAAGAACACGUCGAAGCGCUGCCGCAGGAAACGCCUGAGAAGCAGCAAGCGGCUUCUCCUGAACAUUCGGAUGGUGAUGCAGACAAUCGUAUGCAGCUGCAGGCUUGGAAGGAGCGAAGCACGCGCAUGGAACAGCUGCUGGCGAAGAAGAACACUAGAAUCCAAGAGAUGGAGGAAACGGAAAAUAAGCUCAAGCGGCUACUGGCUAUGGCCAAGCGCAGUAUUGACAACAGCAAGCAAGAGCUGACAGAAAAAGAUCGAGUCAUCCAGAAGCUGCAUAUGGAUCUGGGACAGAGCCAACAGGCGAAGCAAUCGUGGUCUGUGGACACGUCCACACGAGACCCGAAACAGCUGCUGCUCAAAGUGGCGCACGGCAAUGUGAUCUGGUGUUUUGUGGAAUAUGCAAAUGAAAACGAGCUGGAUGAGUCAAAGGAGUUUGCCUGGCACUGCUUUCGUUCAGCAGAAGAGAUUCAGGCAUACGCUGACCGCGCAUCGGGUCAGCCUCUCGCGCUGCCGGAAUAUUCGAUGACGCCGUUGGAAGUGGAGUGUGUUAAAAAAAAAUUGAAGGUUGAAAUCGACCGCGUCCAGGAAGAGUUUCGCCGUUACCGUGUUCGGUCGGAGAUCACGCGAAAGCAGAAGGAUGCUGAAAUUCGAAAGAUGAGUGCAAAUAUGACGGCGAAGCAGACAGAGAAGAUUUCUGAGACUGAUUUGUUAGGAGAAUUGCAAUCAUCGAAGGCUCAAGUUCGCCGGCUGUCGAAGGCUCAAGCAGAAGCUGAAGAGCGGGAGUCUGAAUGGCGACGAAAGUUUGACAGGCUGAUGAAGGAUUACGAGAAGCUGAGUGGGACGAUGGGUGAGACGGUACUCGCGAUGGAGUGGAGAGAGAGAUACGAGCAGUCACUCCUCGAGAAGCAAGAGUUAGAAAAGACAGUGAUGGAGCUGAGGCAUGUGAUGAAUGGUGCGGUUGGCAAUGCGAGCGAUAAAGGCAAUAGUGAUCUACAGGCGCUACGACAAGAGUUUGCGGAGUACCGGAAGCGCGCUUUGAACGCUGUAGACCAGAAAGAUAAGGAGCUGAACAGCAUUCAAGCGCACUACCGCGAAGGUGGAGAUGAUAGCAGCAGUGCGAGCCGCACAAACAGUUUCAGGGAAACUCGCGCUCGUCGCAUAAGUAUGGAGUCCAACAGCAGCCUGUCUGGUUUUGACACGCCCAACAUAAUGAAGACGAACGAGUAUUUGAAGAACAUAGUGUACAAGUACAUGUCGUCGAGUCAAAACGAGGCGAAAGAGCACAUGGAGAAGGCCAUUGCGACUAUUCUAAACUUCACGCCAGCCGAAGUUGCUUCUAUCCAGGAAAAGCGAAAACAACAGGGACAGCAAGGAUGGUUUUGGUAG